AUGAGAAGAGCUCGGAACCGCAUCACACGACUCAAGAGAGCAAAUGGCAUGUGGGCGGAAAAACAGGAGCACAUCGAACAAACUGCUAUUGAGUAUUUUCAGGACCUGUUCACAUCCUCCCAACCACAAAGCUUUGAUGAUGCCCUCCGCUUUGUCCCAAAAAAGGUUACACCCGAGAUGAACCAAUUUUUAACAAAGCCUCCGUCGAAUGAAGAGAUACAUCAAGCAAUAAAGGAAAUGAAUCCAGAUAAAGCCCCUGACCCUGAUGGGAUUACAAGUCUGUUUUACCAAAAGUAUUGGGAGGUAACUGCAAAAGAUGUCAUCGCAAUGGUCAAACACUUCUUCUCAAUGGAGAGUCUUGAUACACGACUAAACAUGACAAACAUUUGUUUGAUACCAAAGACGGAAAGACCACGGGACAUGACAGAGUUUCGGCCUAUUAGCCUCUGCACUGUGAGUUACAAAAUCAUCUCGAAGAUCCUCAGUAACCGUUUGAAGAGACACCUCCCAAAAAUCAUAUCAGAGACCCAAUCAGCCUUUGUGGCUCGACGGCUCAUUACAGACAAUAUACUUAUUGCCCAAGAAGCUUUUCAUGCUCUCCGUACCAACUCAAUGUGCAAAGCCAAGUUUGUGGCUAUUAAAACAGACAUGAGCAAAGCUUAUGAUCGAGUGGAGUGGAGUUUUUUACAAGCUCUGAUGCUUAAACUAGGCUUUGCAAACUCAUGGGUGCGUUGGAUUAUGCUCUGUAUCUCCUCUGUAUCCUAUCAAGUUCUAAUCAAUGGAGAGGCCAAAGGCAAGAUCUUACCAUCACGCGGACUACGACAAGGAGAUCCACUAUCACCCUUUUUGUUCAUUAUUUUAACCGAGGUCCUCAUUGCACAAAUACAGGGAGCAGAAGCGGAUGGAAGGAUCACAGGGCUAAAAGUGGCACGAACAUGUCCACCGAUCUCUCACCUUCUCUUUGCAGAUGACAGCUUGUUUUUCUGUAAAGCGGAUGUCCUGCAGUGUGCAGAGGUGUUAAACAUUAUCAAAAGCUAUGGAUUAGCAUCCGGCCAACAACUAAAUACGGCUAAGUCGUCUAUAUUCUUCGGUAGUAAAGUUCCUCAAGCUACCAUAAUUGAACUCAAAAGAACGCUUAGUAUUACAAAGGAAGGAGGAAUGGGAACCUAUCUAGGCUUACCCGAGAAGAUCAGUGGAUCAAAGAAACAAGUCUUUGCAUUUGUGCAAGACAGACUUAGCAAACGUGUAAACUCUUGGUCGGCCAAGUUACUAUCUAGAGGGGGUAAGGAAGUACUUAUAAAAUCUGUUGCUCAAGCAUUACCGACAUAUGUUAUGUCUUGUUUCCUGCUUCCACAAGACAUAAUAAAAAAGCUCCAAAGUGCUAUUUCCAAUUUUUGGUGGAGCAACAAACAGAACAGCCGUGGACUUCAUUGGAUAGCUUAG